UGCUCCAAACUUCCCCAAUAGCUGGCCAUGUCAUCUCUCUCUCUCUCUCUCUCUCUUCCUUUCACUCUGCUCCAGAGGCAGCCAUGGCUGGGGGGGAAGAGUUCCGGCUCCUGGUGGUGGUGUCUUGGUGGUUUGGGGUCCUGGAGGCUUCUGCAGGAGCGCAAAAUGUUUUCUGCUACGGGGCAUUUGAUGUGACUUCAGGGAAGUGCAACGACCUGCUGGGGGAAGGGGUUGCCCAGGACGACUGCUGCCUAAACCACCGAUACGGCUUCCAGCUGGACAGGAAUGGGCCUUGCCAGGCCUGCCAGGCAGCCCACUGGAGUGACUGGUCCCCCUGGAGCCCCUGCUCUGUUUCCUGCCGGGAAGGUGUCCAACGGCGCAACCGGACGUGUCAUGGGCGCAACGGCCCGGCCGGCUUUUGUCAGGCCAGCACCCGCCAGUGGGAGAUGCAGGCCUGCAGCCUGAUGGCCUGUUGCCCCAGGGUGGGAGGCUGGUCAGCCUGGGCUGCCUGGAGUCCCUGCUCCGUGACUUGCCUCAGAGGGCUGCAGACAAGGAAGCGCACUUGCACCAAUCCAGCACCAGACUGUGGAGGCAGUUGCCUAGGAGACGGUGCCGAACAACGGUCCUGUGACACCAACCUGAUCUGCCCAACCCAUGGAAACUGGGGCAACUGGGGCAACUGGGAACCUUGCCCUGCCACCUGCAUUCCCGAGGGCUCGGGACCACAGCCCAGGCAGCAGCGCCGGCGUCAGUGUAACAGCCCCCCACCUUCCAGAGACCCCCCUGGAAACCCCUGCCCUGGAGCUGACCAAGACUACCGCUCCUGCAGCGGACUGCCCUUCUGUCCACAGGACGGCAGCUGGGGCAGCUGGAAGCCCAUUGGCUCUUGCUCGGUGACCUGUGGGGUUGGCCGAACGGUGGAGAAGCGUCUGUGUGACAGCCCUGCGCCAAAGCAUGGAGGGAAGUUCUGCCCUGGUCCAGACACCCACACCGACACCUGUAACACCAGGACGCCCUGCCCAGUGGACGGGCGCUGGAGGGAGUGGUCCGAAUGGAGUGUCUGUGAGAGGAAAGCCAGUAAUAUCAGGAUCGCCUGCGAUGAGCUGACUGGACUUCAGGCGAGAACCAGGACAUGCGUUGGACGGGCGCAUGAGGGCAAGCGCUGUGUGGGGCCAACCAUGGAUAUCAGAAGCUGCUACAAUGUCCAGCUAUGCUCUUUGAAAGGAGCCUGGACAGAAUGGAGCCCCUGGGGCCUCUGCAACCCGCCCUGUGGGGAGAAGCCCAUGAAAUCUCGCAAGAGGGAGUGCAAAGCCAUCUACCCCAAUUACCCAAUGACAGUGGAAGGAGAGAACGGGAAGGUACUGAAUGUCAGCUUCUGGGGGCGCCCAAGACCCAACUGCCAGCCGCUGGAUGGACAGGGGCUGGUGGUGGAGGAGCAAGCACCAUGCCAAAAUGUGCCCCCCUGUGAAGACUGAUUUUGAAGAAACUGUGGGUUUUAGUGCUGGAGACUACCAGGAGCCAGGCUAAUGUCAGCUUCCUUUCAUCUUUGCAACCCCCAAUAGCUGCUUCCUCUUUUUGAAAUGGUGACCUUGAGAACUGAGGAAUAAUCAGUACAAUAAGUUGCCUUAUAUGUCAACACACUUACAUGUCAGCACACUGUGUAAUGUGGAUAUUAAUUCAUAUAAGCUUUCCCCCAUUUCAUAAGCAUUUUUUCAUUUUCACAUAGAUAUAAUUCAUUGUAUGCUUGUUGGUUGUUGUUUAAUAUAUGAUUGUUAUUUUUGAAAUUAAAAAAAAUGCUUAGCAUAUCAGGCCAGUGUGUGUCCUAGGUGGGAGAUUUUAAUCACAUUAUGGAUUCUACUGUUUUCAUUUACUGUAAAAGCAACCACUACUCUGCAUCUGGAUGUUUUAGGCUGUUUGUUGAGAGCUCUGCUUGCAGACAGGUGAAUAUGGUGUAAAAGUAUGUACCUCCUAGUGGUGCAGCAAUAAAACUGCUCGCACAUUUGCAAAGCUAAGCAGGGUCCAGUAUGGUUUCAAAUGGGAUGGGAAACCAUGUGUUGAGAUUCCUGCAUUGCAAGGGGUUGGACUUACAAUUCUAUUAUUCUAUGUAGAUUUGCUGAACAAUAGUAUCUUUGACAAUAUGCUAAAAAAUUAGUAACAAUGACAGGAGCUUUGUAAAAAAGGCAAUAACCUCUCUAGCUAUUUGCUUGCCUGCCCUGUUAUCCUGGAAUGCUCUUAAAGGUUCUAAGUAUUCCAGAGUGAAAAGCAUUUCCUGGGCUGGGCUGUGUGCUGAGGUUGCAGAGGUAAUAGUAGGGCAAUACAUUCCAUUGUAGUGAUUAGCUGAGUAGGAAGGGAUGUCCUGGUAGACAAUCAUCUAUUUGGGUUGUUGCA